AUGUUCUUGGGACCCUGGCCUUUCUCUCAUCUUGUUCUCUGGUUUAAGGCUCCCAGAAGACAGCAAGGACACUACAACUUUGCAUCCUUCAAGCUCCUGUAGUGUUUGUGCCUCCUGACCCUCACAUGCCUCCCGCAGCAGGUGUGAGCACCUCCUUACAAGAUAGGUGUAGUGGGCCCUUGGGCUUGGGAUCAGUUGUUCUCCAAGGCCCUGACUGAGGUUGCUGCUCAAUUAGCCACUGAACGGAUCAACAGAGACCCGUCAUUUAACCUGGGUUACUCUUUUAAAUAUGUGAUUCCCAAUGAAGACUGUGAGACUUUCAGGGCCCUCUCCACUUUCAUUUCUCACCACCAGGUGGCCUCUGGAUUUAUUGGACCUGCCAACCCUGGCUACUACGAGGCAGCUGGGCUCCUUGGAAACAGCUGGGACAAAGUGAUUUUCUCUUGGGCUUGUGUAAAUUAUGAAUUAGACAAUAAAAAUAGUUACCCGACCUUUUCUCGGGCACUCCCUUCUCCCAUCUGGGUGCUGGUAACUGUCAUGGAAUAUUUGCAGUGGGCUCAUGCUGGAGUAAUUUCCUCAAAUGAAGACAUUUGGGUGCACACAGCCAAUCAAGUUGCAAGUGCUCUUCGGAGCCGUGGCCUACCUGUAGGGGUCGACCUGACCACAGGAAAAGACAGCCAAAGCAUUUGGGAAGCUCUCCAGCAGAUUCGCCUGGCGGACAACUCCUGGCUGAGGUUUAAACUAAUCAUCAUGUGUAUGCAUUCGGCCUAUGGGGGAGAGACUCGGACACAUCUCUUGGAAUGGGCUCAUGAUCUGAAAAUGAUUGAUGGAACCUAUGUCUUUGUUGCCUAUGAUGCCCUGCUCUACAGUGUACCUUAUAAGCAUAUCCUUUACCAGGUCCUGAAGAACAACCCCAAAUUCUGGGAAGCCUAUGAUGCUGUGUUGAUCAUUACAGUGGAGACCCAAGAAAAGACCUUCUAUCAAGCCUAUACAGAGGCAAGAGCUAGAGGUGGAAUUCCUGAGAAAUUGUAGUCAGAUCAAGUUUCACCGUUGUUUGGAACCAUCUACAGUUCAAUUUACCUUAUCACACAAGCCAUGAAUAAUGCUAUGAAAGAAAAUGAACAGGCUAGUGCUGCCAGCCUGGUUCAGCAUUCCAGAAAGACGCAGUUCUACGGAUUCAAUCAGUUGGUAAAGACAGAUUCCAAUGGAAAUGGAAUUUCAGACUAUGUAAUCCUGGACACCAAAGGGAAAAAAUGGGGACUCCAUCGUACUUACACUGUGGACAUGGAAAUGGAGCUGCUACGGUUCAGAGGGACUCCCAUUCACUUCCCUGGUAGCAGGCCCCCUCAAGCAGAUGCAAAAUGCUGGUUUGUAGAAAGGAAGAUCUACCCAGGAGGCAUCGACCUUGCCUUUGCUGUGACAGUCUGCCUUGCUUUGCUUAUAGCCCUGCUAUCUAUUAAUGGAUUUGCUUACUUUAUAAGGCAUAGUAUAAAUAAAAUCCAGUUGACUAAAGGACUCAACAGAAUUGUACUGACUUUGGAGGAUGUGACAUUUAUCAAUCCCCAUUUUUGCAGUAAGACAGGAAGUCAUGCCAGUGUAAGCUUCCAGAUCACAGAGGUCCAAAGUGGGAGAUCCCCAAGUCUCUCUUUUUCUUCAGGGAGUCUAACUCCAGCUACCUAUGAAAACUCCAACAUAGCAAUUUAUGAGGGUGGUUGGGUGUGGAUGAGAAAGUUACCCUCUGGAGAUUUGGAGAUGUUAAGUCCAUCAAAUCAAGUGCAAGUGAUGUUUGAAAUGAUAAAGGACCUGAGUCAUGAGAAUAUUAACCCUUUGUUGGGCUUCUAUGAUUUGGAGAUGUCCAUUGUGACAGAAUUCUGUUCCUGAAGAAGUCUAGAAGACAUACUGAUGAAUGAAGAUGUGAAACUAGACUAGAUGUUUAAAUCAUCACUCCUGCUGGAUCUCAUUAAGGGCAUGAAGUACUUACACCACAGAGAGUUUACUCAUGGGAGCCUGAAAUCUCUGAACUUUGUGGUAGAUGGACAUUUUGUACUAAAAGUGACAGAUUAUGGCUUUAAUGACAUCUUGGAAAUGCUAAGACUCUCCCAAGAGAAACCUUUUGCUGAAGAGUUACUAUGGAUGACCCCUGAACUGCUGAGAGCCCCCCAGGGCAGCAGGUUAGGUCCUUUUGCAGGAGAUGUCUAUAGCUUUGCCAUCAUCAUGCAAGAAGUGAUGGUCUGGGGAACCCUAUUCUGCAUGAUGGAUCUGCCUGCUGGAGAAAUCAUAGACACACUUAAGAAGCCUCAUCCUGUGUACAGACCAUUGGUUCCUCCUGAGCACACCCCUCCAGAGUGUCUCCAACUGCUGAAGAAGUGCUGGGCUGAGGCUGCAGAACAACAGCCAACUUUUGAUAAAAUAUUUACCCAGUUUAAAGCUUUCAAUAAAGGGGGAAAGACCAAUAUCAUUAAUUCUAUGCUUCGAAUGUUGGAACAAUAUUCUAGAAACUUGGAAGAUCUGAUCUGGGAGUGGACUGAAGAGCUGGAAAUUGAAAAACAGAAAACAAUAAAGCUUCUAACACAGAUGCUACCACCAUAUGUAUCAGUUGUCAAAUCACUCAAAAAAGGCUGCACGGUCAAACCUGAGGGUUUUGACUUGGUCACCUUGUACUUCAGUGACAUUGUGGGUUUCACCACUGUCUCAGCCAUGAGUGAGCCCAUUGAGAUUGUGGAUAUUUUCAAUGACCUGUACACAGUCUUUGAUGCCAUCAUUUGCAGUCAUCAUGUCCACAAGGUAAAGACCAUUGGUGAUGCUUACAUGGUGGCAUCAGGCUUCCCAAAGAGGAAUGGCAGUAGGCAUGCAGCUGAGAUUACAAAUAUGUCCCUGGAUAUCCUGAGUUCCAUGGGUAACUUCAAGAGGCACAUGCCAGAGGUGCCAGUCCAGAUUUGAAUAGGCCUGCACUCAGGGCUGGUUGUUGCUGGAGUGGUGGACCUCAUCAUGCCCAGAUACUGCUUGUUUGGAGACAGUGUGAACACAGCUUCUCAGAUGGAAUCAACAGGGUUAUCUUAUCGCAUUCAUGUCGGUCAUAGCACCAUGACAAUUCUUCAAGCUCUGAGUGAGGGCUAUAAAGUGGAGCUUCGAGGAGGGCAGAGCUCAAGGGCAAAGGCACAGAAGAGACCUGUAUGGUUGGGAAAAAAAAGCUUCACAAAGCCCCUUCAUGGGCCCCCACAAGUGGGCAAAGAUGGGCAAGUGGGACAUGGCCUGCAACCAGUGGAGAAUGCAGCUUUCCAAAUAAGAAAAACAGAAAGGCAGCUGGUGAGAAACAAGCCAUAA